AUGGCGGAGCGUCCAGUGUUAAAGGGAAAUUGUCACUGUGAGCGGUAUCGCUUCGAACUGCACGCCGCCGUUUUAAAGGAGGAGGAGGAUGCAGUGAAGUGCGCCUGUGGGCUGUGUAAAAAGAAAGGAUGUCUCUGGAUGCCUUGCUCCGAUCGGAAUGAUGAGAGCGGUGUGAGGCUGGAGGUGUUCUGCUCCGUCUGCGGGACGACCGUCCUCGGCGAGCAUGUGUCGGGCGAGUUGAAGGGGAUGGGGAGUGUGAAUGUGAGGAGUUUGAGGGGGGUGGAUGGGUUUGGGUUCGAGUACGUCCCUUAG